GAAAAACUAAAAUACAUUGUAUACGCUGAGAAUAUAAAGUUCCCUUGAAUAGUAUCUAGUUGUAGAAGCUUCUUUGAGGAGGUGACUUUUCAUAACAAGUGCCAUGGUCAAGGGUCUGUUCUUGCCUUGACUUUUAUGAAUGUUUGUGAAUAGCCAGAGCAAUUAUUUCAUAGAAAAUGGCUAAAUAUUAGUACUGAGGCUUUGGCUGGAACCCGAGCUCGAGGUGGAUCAACAACUCUUGAUCUUCAGAUAGAAAUUGACCUACUUUCAAGUCCCAAGGACGACCUUGAAUUUACAAUAGUACGGGAGAGCAUACAAAGCAAAUUGGAGGCUGUAUGUGACAGAGUAAUUGUUGAGCCAAAGAAAGCAAUACGAAAACUCCCAAGGGUUCAACACUUAUUUGCCCAAUUGACUGGCAGACUAAGAAGAGAAGACGAUGAAUUUGAUUUCUUGUCUUCUCUGCAUCCUACUCCAGCAGUUUGUGGAUUUCCAACAGAAGAAGCACGGAUUUUAAUUGCAGAAACUGAGGUGUUUGACCGGGGGAUGUAUGCUGGGCCGGUUGGUUGGAUUGGAGGAGGAGAGAGUGAGUUUGCUGUUGGCAUCAGGUCAGCACUAGUGGAAAAGGGUCUUGGUGCAUUGAUCUAUGCUGGGACUGGCAUUGUAAAAGGAAGCAAAGCAUCUCUAGAGUGGGAUGAACUGGAACUCAAGACAUCCCAGUUUACGAAGUUGCUUAAACCUGAGGAGCCUUUGCGACCAAAAGUUGAGACUUUAGGAACAAUUAACCAAUUAAGGAUUAUUGACAUUGCUCCUGAAGCAUUUAUAUACUUUUUCAAAAAAGGCGAGCUCAACUAAUUUCAGCCACAAGUGGCGGUUCAAAUGCAUUCAGAAUCAUCAUUUUGCCAAGUGUUAUAUUAUUCUCUGUAUCUGGCUUCUUGGCAAUCUGCAUUUGCUUGAGUUUUGACGGGCAGGGCAAGAAACACUCAACAUUUUCUUUCUUCAACAUAUCUCAUUCGUAUUUCGGUUAAGGGGGCUGCGCUUGCUUUUGUUCUUAGUUUUAGUUUAGGUUUUCUAUCCUUGUUCAUAUUCAUUUUCAAAGAUUGCAACUUUUGUUAAUUCUUAAGGAGUUGAGAGCAGUUCAGCCUUGUAAGUGGGUUUGCCUUGUCAAUUUCGUUAGUAUUUGUUUAUGUAAAUGGGUUGAAUGCUUUCUGCCUUUUCUUCUUCAUUUCUGCAUGGUCGCUAGACUUACAACUUGUUUAACUUCAAUUUCUAGAUUAGGAUUUAAUUUCACAAGUUUCUUAGUAGAUUAUCUUUUGGUUUUAGUAAACAAGUAGUCUAAUU